GAGGUUCUGCCUGCGGCGCAGCGAAGCCGGGAAGCGUCGUUUUCGGUCGGCGGGGGGCGCUGAGUGAAGAAGAUGUUGCUGGUGCUUUCGGAGGAGCACAAGGAGCACCUGGGCUUCCUUCCCAAGGUGGAGAGCUCAGUUGUCAAUGAAUUUGGUCGUAUUGCUAUGGAGUUCUUAAGAAAAGGCACAAACCCAAAAAUCUAUGAAGGAGCAGCAAGAAAACUUAAUGUUAGUAGUGAGACAAUUCAGCAUGGAGUAGAGGGAUUAACGUAUCUUCUCACUGAGAGCUCAAAACUGCUGAUAUCUGAGAUAGAUUUCCAAGACUCUAUACUUGUACUAGGAUUCUCUGAAGAACUGAAUACCUUAUUACUUCAGCUAUAUCUUGACAACAGGAAGGAGAUCAGAAGUAUUCUGAGUGAACUAGCACCGAAACUUCCUAGUUAUCACAGUCUUGAAUGGAGACUAGAUGUGCAGCUUGCCAGCAGAAGUCUGAGGCAACAAAUUAAGCCAGCAGUGACUCUGAAGCUACACCUUAACCAGAACGGAAAUCAAACUACCAAAAUAUUACAAACUGAUCCUUCUACCUUGCUCCACCUGAUUCAGCAACUGGAACAAGCUUUAGGAGAAAUGAAAACAAAUCACUGUAAACGAAUAGUGCGCAACAUCAAAUAAUGCUUGUCCUCUCAGUAAACUUAUGGAAUUACAGAAAUCGGUAUCGUAGAACAACAAUGCAUUUGGACCAGUCAAAACACUUUCCUAGGCCAGGAUCAUUACACAAUGUUUACAGGCUGAAUUUGGUUGGUGCUAAAAUACUGCCAGAUGUAAGGUAGAAUAAUUGACAAACUUUAAGCAGGCAUAAAUAAAUUAGUUGAUCAUAUGAGCUUUUCUGUUCUUACAUACAGCUGCCUUUUGCAUAUUAGAAAGCACUGAUCAUUGGUAUAGUGACCAAACAUUUUCCUUUCUUAUCUUUCUCUGAUCUGUAAGAAUAAAAGAACACAUACAGUAAUAUUUUAUCAGUCUUAUUUCUUGCAAUUACUAUAACUUUGUUGGGCAAGCUGCUACUCAGUGAUAUGGAGGGGACAUUAUUCA